AUGGUGGGAAGUGGUGCUAGGGUUUCGUUUUCAGCGGAUACAAGGAAAACGAUUCAGACCAUCAAGGAGAUCACUGCUGGGAACUAUAGUGAGGAUGAGAUUCACGCAAUGCUCCUUGAAUGUAAUAUGAAUCCCGAUGACGCUGCUCAACGCCUUCUUCUUCAAGAUCCAUUCCUUGAGGUUAAGAAGAAGCGUGAUAAGAAAAAGGAGAACCUUAGCAACAAGGACUCUGUUGAGCCACAACGGAGAUCCGGUGGCCCAGGCCGUGGUAGCAGGGGUGGUCGGAUGAACUUCUCUUCUCGUCAUUCAUCACACGAGGGUGCCGGUGCUAAGACUUCAUUUAGAAAGGAAAAUGGCCCAAAGCAGGUCACGGAUCCAUCAACUUCUACCUCUCAACAAAUAAAAACUAAAGACAACGCGUUGGUGUCAAGCCUUUCAGUUGUGAUGGAUAAAAGUUCUGUUGGUUUGACAUCAGGAAGCUCUGAUGGUGCAUCAUCUGCUGUUGAAUCAAGCAAAAAUCGUGUAGAAUUGGGCUUUAAUGAUGUGCACACUGAGCAGAAGCCGGCUGAUUCUCUGCCACUCUCUCGUCCAUCCUCGGAGGUUCGAUUGACUUCUUCAAAUGCCAAAUUAGUGAGCGAGCAACACCUUGGGGAAAGAAAGUUACAAAACAGAUCCCGUGUGGUUGGGAAGACUUCCGUGAAUGAUGCUUAUGUUCCGAGGCCUGCUUCAUCUCAUAGCAACAGCACGGGUAGCCGGCCUUCCUCUAACUACAGUAAUCGGUCACAUCAGACUGUUGGUACUCAAAGAGUUAAGGAAUGGAAACCGAAGCCCGUGAACCAUAAUAACACUACUCAGGUUUCUGGUGCAUCAGCUACAACUGAAGCUCUUGCGGUUCCUACUGAAGCCAGUGAAAAAUCUGUUAAAGAUGUUCCUUCUGCAGAGGGCACAUCUAGGUUGGAGAAACAGCUUGAAGACUUGCAGGUUCAACGUCAGCAUGUUAUUAUUCCAAACCAUAUCCUUGUUCCAGAGGCUGAACGAACCAAGUUAAGCUUUGGAAGCUUUGAUGCUGGCUUUUCUAUAACAUCAAGUUCAGCAGCUUUACCAGAGAAUGAAAGGAGAUCUGCACCUCUCUCCCAGAAUUCACAGGAAGCUGAAGAUAGUUUGGAAGAGAACGAACUUAGCAACCCAAAUGUCCAUUCAACUGAAAAGUACGAGGAGAAUCAUGUUUACUCCGAGACGCCUUCACAAGUUCCAAAUGCUAUGGCUAGUGAAGGUAUUGCUGCAGUUGACGUCUCUAAGCAAGAGAAUAUGUUGGAGUCCCAAAGCAAUCAAAACUCUUUUGACCACGUUCCGAGUAAUAUUACCGGGCUUGUUCCUCCAGCUCCUGGGAGCCAGCAUCCACAGUUUGAGAAUGCUGACCCCCAAGCACGUGAUGCCCUUCGUAUUCCUAAUUUUCUGGUCCAGCAACCAUUUGAUACAGCGAGUUACUAUGCUCAAUUCUACCGAUCAGGCCCUGACAGUGAUGGCCGUGUUUCUCCCUUUGUUUCUCCAGGGGUUGCAUCCAAGUUUAAUGGAAAUGUUACAGUAUUGCCCCCACAUUCAUCUCAAACAACGCAAGAGGGUGGAAACAACUUAGUUCUGUCGACAGCUAGUCCAACUCCACUGGUAACACAGGGUGCUGGGCUGAUACAGAGCUCUUUACCAGUCACGCAGCAGCCUGUUCCUUUUCUACGCCCUCCAGGAUUACAUAUGUCACAUUAUCCACCGAAUUACAUGCCAUAUGGACACUACUUCUCCCCAUUCUAUCUACCUCACCCGGGAAUGCAACAGUUCUUAAACAAUGGUGCAUUUGCUCAGCAACCUCAGGGAAGCAGUCUAUAUCCUGCUCCUCCACCCCCUGGAGCUGCAACAGGAGGCAAAUACAUACUUCCUCAUCACAAGCCUGGGAAUAAUACAGGAAACUCGGCUCAUGUUGGGCCUGGUGGUUACGGACCAUCACAUGGUUCCUUCCCAGCAGGAUAUAAUCCCAAUUCUGCUGCUUCAGCUGGGAAUUCAACUUCCAAUGAGGAUCUCAACACAUUGCAGUUGAAGGAAAACAACGGCUACAGCGCAACAGGGCAACAACAGAAUGAAGCAUUACCUGUAUGGAUUGCUGGACCAGGAAGAGAUGUCCCGAGCUCUUUCUACGGUUUACAGCACCAUGGUCCACACGUGACUUACGCUCCAGCACAAGCUGGUCACGUGACAUUCCCAGGUAUGUAUCAUCCGGGACAAGCAGUGACAGCAGCAGGAGUUCACCAUCCGCUCUUACAACAGUCUCAGGGUGUUACUGGAGCUGAAAUGGUUGCACCUGGGCCUAACAUUUUCCAACAGCCUCAGCAAACACCUAUGAAUUGGCCAAGUAAUUACUGA